AUGGCUCCUUUGUACCCGUUGUCCCCCAACAGAGAGGCUAGCACAGGGGUCUCCAACCCCAUGGCAUCCCAACACCUUUUCUGGUGCAAGUUUUCGAUUUGCAGGGGGUUAAUUUUUUCUUUUUGCAGAGGAUUUUUCCGUCCCCCUUCCACUCCAAAGAAGCAGCAGCAGCAGCAGCAGCAGCAUCCCGCUCUCUGCAUUUUCCAAUGGUGCAGUCGAGCUCACCGCUUUCUCCCCUCCUCCCCCAACCCCGCAUGGGUGAACCCGGAGAAAACGAGCCCGCCCUCCCUCCGCGCGCGCCUCCUCGAGAGUAAGCCCCGCCGAGCGCUCCGGCUUCCCGAGGACUUUAUUGACUUGCGAGCCAACGUGGGGCGCCGUCCGCGCAGGCUGCGCCUUUGCGCAAAGAGGACGGCGGCGGCCGCUUUGCCGAGGCUCCCGCGGCGUUUCCUGCGAGGCUUGUGGCCCCCGGGGGCUUCCCUGCAGCGGCGGCCGAGGCCGGGGCACCCCCUCGUGGGCUGGGCGGCUCGGCAGAGGGCGUCGGGCUUGCGGCGAGCGCCGAGGCGGGAGGAGCCUCCGGAGCGGCGCGCCUGGGCCGGGGAGGAGCCGCUGCUGCCCCUGUGCCACGUCGGCCGGGCGGAGGAGCGGCGGCGGCCCCGGAGCGCCUGCACGUGCCGCGUUCAGCCUCUCACCUGUGCCGGUAGACUAUACACAAGCCCCUGGCUCUGCGGCCCCUCCCCAGUUUGUGGCCAAUCAGCACAGAGAACUUUGACUUGUGUUGGGAUACUAGAGGUUGCCCUCCACCACGAGCGGAGCCUACUCGGCUGGGCAAGGCCUGUCUUGCUUGUGUCAAAAGGAGCUACGUUUUGUUUCCUUUUUCCCCCCGUCUUGGCUUGA